AUGCUCGUCUUUCCUUUACUCUUUUCAUUGACUUUGCUGUGGCCUUGUCUGGCUUCAACCCUCUCAAUCCUUCCAGGAUCGCAACGGACUGAGGCUUUGUUGGAUCCAAUCGCAAUCGGCGAACCGUACCCGCGACUCAGUUGGCAAUUAACUUCAUCUGUCAAUGGAGCCACACAGGUCGCUUACCAAGUUCAAGUAAAAAAUGCUGCGGACCAAAAACAGACGAUCUUGUGGGAUAGCGGCAAAGUCAUCUCAAAAGACCCGGCAGCUCUAUACGGCGGCGAAGCUCUUGGAUCACGAACACAGGCUUCUUGGCAAGUUCGUGCUUGGGACAAGAAUGGCAUUGUAACAGCAUGGAGUGAGCCAGCUGAAUUCGAAAUCGGUCUUUUGAAUUCACAAGAUUGGAUAGGAUACUGGAUUACCAAUUCGAACUUUGAAUUAGGAACGACUUCCUUACCGACUUUCGCCAAAACAUUUGAAGUGUCUUGUGACGUGUCUCACGCGCGUCUCUACCUCAUUGGUCUGGGCCUUCAUUCAGCAACAAUCAACGGCCAAUCCGUGAGUCAAGGAGUAUUGGCUCCGGGUUACACAAAUCUCAACAAAACAAAAUACUAUUCUACCUACGAUGUUACUAGCGCUAUCUCGAAGGGCGCCAAUCUGCUAGGAGUCGAGCUGAGUAGGGGCUACUAUGAUGCCCAAGCCGCUCUUGAUAGUAGGUAUAUGAAAUUCACCACCUCGGCCAAACCACUUAUGCUCUUAUCGCAAUUGGAAUACACCUGUAAAGAUGGAAAGUCCGUCAAAAUUGGAUCUGAUUCUAGCUGGAGGUCUAACAUAGAUGGUCCCCUAUUAGAAUCAUCUUGGUACGGUGGAGAGGAGUACGAUGCCCGAUUGGAGAUUCCGGGAUGGCCUUCAGCAAUCUCCAAUAGCAGUUCGUGGCAAUCAGUUGCCAGAGCUUCUCCGCCGCCUGGAGAUCUGGUUCCUCAACCAUAUGCUGAAUUGGCGAUUGUGGAGGACAUUCCCUGUGUCUCUGUGACCAAGGUCGGUACAUCAGGGUGGACCUUUGAUUUCGGUGUCAACUUUGCCGGAUGGGUCGAGCUACAAAUCAGUGAGCCGGCAGAUACCAGAGUGGCGAUGUGGCCGGCUGAGAUCGUGAGCAGCCACGUCUGGGCCGAUCAAUCGACUACUGGCAAGCCCAUUUUUGACGCAUUCACAUCUAAUGGAACAACCUAUACAUAUUCUCAGAAAUUCAUGUACCAUGGAAUGCGAUAUCUCUCGGUGAAUCUGACUCAAACACCAUCGGCCACUGAUGCCGUGGGACAUUCGAUCCGUCAGUCAGUGGACAAAGUGGGCGAGGUAUAUUCAAGCAGCAACUUGUUCAACAGCAUACAUGGUAUCAUCGAUCGGUCGAUCCAGUCAAAUCUCUAUAGUACACUGACGGACUGUCCUCAUCGGGAGAAACUUGGCUGGCUUGAACAAGACCAUCUCAUGAUAUCGCCGAUAAUGUGGAGUUAUGAUGUGCAGGCAAUGCUUCAGGUGCCUGUCCAGGAUAUUGUGGACUCUCAGCAAAAUGCUUCGUCGUUUGGCAAUGUCUCUCCACACCCUGGAUUCAUCCCGGAAAUUGCUCCUGAGUUCCAGGUAUUUCCAUAUCCUUUUAGAGAUGAUCCAAACUGGGGAGGAGCCGUCGUUCUACUGCCCUUACAGCACUACAAAGAAUAUGGUGAUACCAGAAUUUUGUCUAGGCAAUACUCCGCGAUGACAGGUUAUCUGUCCUACCUAGAGUUUUUGACAACGAACUACACUCUACAUUAUGGAUUGGGUGACUGGGAAGCGCUUGAUGAUUGCACAGGAAGUUUAAUUCCUGCCACCUACGGAUUCCAGCAAGCGGCGCAAGGAAUGGCGCAGGUUGCGCGCUACCUUUCAUAUUCGGAUGACGCAGAAUACUAUCAGGAUUUGGCGGAUAAAAUCACCUCAGCCUUGCAUACUGCGACCUUUAACGCUUCUGAGGCAGUAUACGGCUGCGGAUCUCAAGGAGCUUUGGCUCUUGCCCUCGAUAUGAGUGCGCCGCCUACAGAGGAGAUAUACGCUCGAGUCCUUGAUAACUUGGUUGGCUUGAUCGUAAACAACACGAACCAUUGGAGCGUCGGAGAGAUCGCAUUGCCAGCAUUAUUCCGGGUCCUUCAUAACAAUGGGUACGAUGAGCUGUUGUACACUUUGAUGAGCCAGACUACUGCGCCCUCAUAUGGCUAUGAGGUCGUCAACGGCGCUACAUCGCUGUGGGAAGCCUGGGAUGGGACAAGUUCAUCUGGUUCUAGCAUGAAUCACCUCAUGUUUGGAUACGGUGACGUUUGGCUCAGCCAACUCUCAGGUUUGCAGCAGGUCAAUACUAGUGUUGCAUGGAACUCGAUCAACUUCUAUCCUGCAUUGGUAGGCAAUCUGACUGCAGCCUCCGCGAACCACAUGACCCCUCGCGGGUUAGCGAGUGCUGCCUGGACGCUUGAAUCAGAUGAAUUCCGGUACAACAUCACUGUUCCUAUUGGUUCCAAAGGACAUGUGUACUUGCCCGCAAAAAGCAACGGUACAGUGAUCACGUCUUAUGAUGGAUCAUACUCGCCUGUUGUUGUCGGCAGCGGGAAUCAUUCUUUUAUCGUGACCUGA